ACCCGCUGACAAAGGCGGAGCAGCGGCAGGACAGGGCCGCCCCCCGCCCCCCGGCAGCGGGGCCCGGCGGCGCCGGCGGGCAGCGGGGCUGGGGCGCUCGCACAAGAUGGCGGUGGGGCGGCGGGAGAGCGCGCUCCCCUCUUAGAUGCGGCCGCGGCGGCCCGUGCUCCCGGCGCCCGGCGGGGCUUACAUGGCGCUGGAGGACCUGCUUUGUCUCUGCUUCUCCGCUCUCGCCGUCCUGGCCGUGCAAGGGAGGUUGUUGGAAGGGGAUUCUCUGGAGCUGAGCUGUAGUGCUGGUCCUGCAAAGGUGAUACUGGAGCCAAACCAAGUCGUGGUUUUGGACUGUAACCUGGCCCCUGCGGAGCAGGUGAUCAAUAUCACAUGGAAGAAGAAUGGGUUUCCAUUAGUGGAGCAGGAACAUCUGCACGUGCUUCCGAAUGGAUCACUCUUCAUCUCAUCCCAGGCUGCGGCAAAAGACAGUAAAUACCCCGAGAAGGCUGGUGCUGAGGGUAAUUACUCCUGCGUGUCUCAGAGCUCCCUCGGGGCUGUCACCAGUCAAACGGCUGCAGUCAGAUUUUCAACAUUAUCACGCUUUUUCCAACAGCCGGAGUCACAGACAGUGGAAGAAAAUGGCAUGGCCCGGUUUGAGUGUCGCAUCGAAGGACUGCCCUCCCCUGUCAUCACAUGGGAGAAGGACCAUGAAGCUGUUCCAGCAGAACCCAGGUUUAUAACUCUUCCAAAUGGUGUCCUCCAAAUUGUGGAUGUGCAGGAGAGUGAUGCUGGGACUUACCACUGCGUGGCAACCAACGCCGCCCGAAAACGCUACAGCAAUGCUGCAGUCCUCAGUGUUCUCAAAGGUUCCCAGCCAGCAGGAGGAGAUGUCACCAUCGUCGCUGCUCCUGAGAACACCACGGUGGUGGCUGGUGAGAGCGUGGUGAUGGAGUGCAUGGCAGCUGCUGAUCCCACCCCCUUUGUCUCCUGGAUCCGACAGGAUGGAAAGCCUGUUUCCACAGAUGUGAUUGUGCUGGGCCGGACAAACCUCCUCAUCCCUUCCAGCCAGCCCCAUCACUCGGGGGUGUACGUCUGCCGUGCUAACAAACCCCAGACCAGGCAGUUCGUCACAGCCGCGGCUGAGCUCCGGGUCCUUGCUAAACCCAGCAUCUCCCAGGCUCCUGAAACCAUCUCACGCACCCGUGCCAGCACAGCCCGGUUUGUGUGCAAGGCAGAGGGGGAGCCAGCCCCAACCAUCCAGUGGCUGAAGAACGGGGAGACCAUCCUCUCCAACGGGCGGGUGAAGGUGCAGAGCAGUGGGAGCCUUGUCAUCAAUCAGAUCGGGCUGGAGGAUGCUGGCUACUACCAGUGCGUGGCUGAGAACAGCCUGGGCAUGGCUUGUGCCACUGCCAAGCUCUCGGUGAUCGUGCGGGAGGGUUUGCCCAGUGCUCCCAAGAAAGUGUCAGCCGUGUCCCUCUCCAGCACCACUGUCCUUGUGUCCUGGGAGCGGCCAGAGUACAACAGCGAGCAGAUCAUCGGCUUCUCCUUACAUUACCAGCGGGCUGUGGGAACAGAUAACGUGGAAUACCAGUUUGCUGUUAAUAAUGAUACCACUGAGCUGCAAGUCAAGGACCUAGAACCCAAUACCAACUAUGUCUUCUACGUGGUUGCAUAUUCUCAGCUCGGUGCCAGCCGGACAUCCUCGUCCAUCAUUGUUCAGACCCUGGAGGAUGUUCCUAGUGCUGCCCCUCAGCUGUCCCUGUCGAGCAUGACUCCUGGUGACAUCCGUGUGACGUGGCUGCCUCCCCCUCCAGAGCUGAGUAACGGCAAGAUAACGAAGUACAAGAUCGACUACUGCACCCUCAAGGAAGCAGAUCAGGUAACCUCCAUUGAAGUGGGUGGAAAUGAGACACAAAUCACUCUCUACUCACUCCAUCCCAACAAAGUGUACAAAGUGCGCAUCGCAGCCAGCACCAGCGUGGGCUACGGGGCCCCCUCCGAGUGGACCCAGCACCGGACUCCUGACAGAGACAACCAGACACAUGUUCCAUUUGCCCCGACAGAAUUAAAAGUCCGAGCGAAGAUGGAGUCUCUGCUGAUAACGUGGCAGCCCCCAGCCAACCAUGCCCAGAUAUCUGGCUACAAGCUCUACUACCGAGAAGUGGGCCCAGAGGAGUCCAGCGAUGAAAGCCCUUUGGAUGGUGCUGAGGAUGAGAGCUGGGACGUAGGACCCAUAAAACUAAAGAAGAAAGUGAAGCAGUACGAGCUCACUCGACUAGCUCCUGGGAGACUCUAUGAGGUGAAGCUGGUGGCAUUCAAUAAGCACGAAGAUGGUUACGCAGCGGUUUGGAAGGGCAAAACAGAAAAGGCACCUGCAGCAGCAGUAGAUCCCCCUGUGCAGAAGGGUCCUCCACUGCCUCCAGUCCAAGUCUAUGCAGAGUCCAACAGCUCAACCUCCAUAUGGCUCAGGUGGAAGAAACCUGACUUCACAACAGUCAAAAUCGUCAACUACACCGUGCGCUUCAGCCCCUGGGGCCUGAAAAACGCCUCUCUUGUUACCUACUACACGAGCUCGGAUGAAGACAUUCUCAUCAGUGGGUUGAAGCCCUACACCAGGUACGAGUUUGCUGUGCAGUCCAAUGGUGUUGGCAUCGAUGGGCCCUUCGGCAGCGUGGUGGAGCGGUUCACCCUGCCCGACCGUCCCUCGACUCCCCCAUCUGACCUGCGGCUGCACCCGCUCAACCCCUACGCUGUGCAGGUGCACUGGUGCCCCCCUGUUGAGCCCAACGGCAUCAUUGUGGAGUACCUCAUCCUCUAUAACGCCAACAACACACAGCCAGAUGACAUGUGGACCUUGCUGACGCGAGAAGGAAAUAUCUUCAGCACUGAAGUGCAUGGCCUAGAAAGUGAUACCAGAUACUUCUUCAAGAUGGGAGCAAAGACAGUCGUGGGAUCUGGUCCCUACUCAAACGUUAAGGAUGUGCACACCCUCCGUGAAAAGCUGUCAGAUAUUCUGGAUAUCCACUCUGUCACCGGAAUCAUUGUGGGAGUCUGCCUGGGGCUGCUCUGCAUCCUCUUCUGCAUGUGUGCCAGCUUCCGCAACAGCAAGCAGAGGGAGGCCCUGCCAGGCCUGGAUUCCCAGGCAGCCGGCAACCACACUUACUACCACCGGAGCAGGCAAGGGGUGGCAGCUCCCAGUGCCACCUUGGACUCACAUGAGCUGGAGUCCCUUAUGUCCCCACUCCCAGAGGAUGCACCCGUGGCCCUGGGGGACAUCACAGAACUGACAGAAGUGCACAGCCUCAUCCACACGAGCCUCCCUGAGGACAUUGUCCAUGGGAAGAGGAAGACUUCAUGGAAUAAAUCAGGCAACCAGCCCUGGACCAACAGCAUAGCCAGGUAUGGGGACACGAUCACCAAAGAGCCGCUCUCUGCUGUGAACGGGUCACUGAAGCUCCCCUCCAGCGCUGGACAGAAGCUUUUGCUACAAGCUCUGGUUUACGAUGCCGUGAUGAAUGAAGCAAAGAAAAGCCACCCUCCAGCCAACCUCCACCAAGUGGAAGCAGAGGUCAUUGUCCAUUCUGAUUUUUCCGCCUCUGACAGAGACUACAGCUCCCAGCUGCACACCCUGGAGAGUGAAGAGACAGAAACCGAGGACCAGGAGCCUGAAGAGCUCCCCUCUGGAGAGGUGGCUCUUCCCAGCUCUCCCGGCACCCAGCAGGACACCAGCCAAGUGGUGGUGGACUGCACGGGCAAUGCAGAGGUCCAGGCCCAGGAGGAGCAGUUAUGUACCGACAGAAAGACUGACAAAACAGAGGCUGUUUGCAUUGGGCUCACCAAUGGCUUCCACAGGCAUGGAGAAAGUCUGGAUUCGGUAGAGAGCGGAGAUUCUGACUCUGUCCAGGAAGGUGAGGGGGACGUGCAGCCAGUCAAGUGCCAGUCGAUCUCCACAGCCCUGGAGGAGGCCCCCCUCUGUAGUAACUCUGGUUUGACCAGUUCAUCCUCAGCAUCUGAGAACAUGGCAUGUGUCCACAACCAUUAAAGAGUGAACUAAUCUGAUUUUGAUCAUGGGAGAGCUGGAAGCACUAGGAAGGGCCUGUCCCUGUGAGGUGCUGCAUGCCCUCAACUCACUAAGCCCAGCAGGAGCUAAGGUGGCACAGCCUCUCACCAGAACAGGAUUUGGACCUGUCAGCUGUACAUAUCACCUUCAAGAAAUCAGUAGGUAGGUUGGUAAGGGCCCACCUUCUUCCCGCUGUAGCUGAUGAGUAACUUGGUGUUGGUGGGAGCAGGAUUGAGCCAUCUGCCAAAGUCUGACAUGAAACCACGACUAGAACAGAGCCUUCUGUGUUAGACUGGGGCUGUCACUUCGCUGUAGUCCUCGAGGCGACUGGCACGAUGUCUUUUCCUGCUGGGAAGAGGCAGGGUACACCAAGUGAUUCCUCUCGACUGUCUCUUCACCAGGCCUUGGCACUACCUACUGCCUCGCAGCUUUGGGAUGGAUCUUGUCGGAGGAGUCCCACGAGGGGGUGGAAGCCAACGGAGACAAACUCAGUGAGCUGUAACCACCAGCCUGUUCUGCCCUCCCGUGGUUAAAAGGAUUAUAAGGCUCUCUUUGUGCGCUACCGCAGGAACUCUUACUUGCAGGCUGAUGUAGUGGCCUUUUAUUACACACUCUACGAGUGCCUCUAACAACUUGUACUAUAUAGAACCUUCUUCAGUGUCUGGGUCAUUUCACCAACCUGGACUUUGUUUUAUGUAGGUUCUUGUACCUAAUAUUUUAGGUACACGUCUGUCCUUUUAAUGUACAACAUGUAUUUUUAUUUCCUUGGAACAUCUUUAUAUUAUUUAAUUUUAUAAAGUGGAAUAGUGUGUGGUAUAGAGUAGCAUUUUUACUACUUCUCUCUCUUUAUUUUUUCCUCCCUAACAACACAACUACCUCAUGUCUGUUGGAGAAAAAGCAGUAGAUUUACUCUUUUGUUAUGGUCCAUUCUAGGUUUUAACUUAUUCUUGUACUGCCUUUUUCUAAAGAACAUGUUUGCACUGGUUGUUGACUCAUUUUUAAUGCUUAGUGCUGCAGAUCUGAUGUCUCUCUUGCUUUGUUUCUAAGUAUUGCUGUAGGACACCUUCCCUACAGCUGGAGAGUUGGGUUGUGUUUCUCCACAUGUCUGUGUUUUGCCGGAGCUGGCCAAAGGACACUGCUUCAGCUGGCAGGAUGUUGAUCCAUCUUUCAUUAACAAACUUGUACUAGCGAAGAGAAAAAAACCAACCAUUGCAAAAAUAACUUGUGAUCUUGUGGAAAAAAGAACCAGCAAUUGGGAAAGUAACUUGUGAUCUUGGGGACAUCUAUUUCUUGGAGGUUUUUGUGCCCAGGUGGAGACAUCUCAGAUGAUUUUGAUUUCCGGAGAGCAGCUCUCAGCCUUCUGUAAGCAGUGACGUGCUGAAGGCUUUGGAUGAACAAGUGAAACUUUCCAGUCACUUCUGAGAGUCUGAAGUGGCCAAAGUGGGUUUGGUUUUGAGGCUUUGUUUUUUUUUAAGAGCUGAGCAUCACCAGAGCUAAAAAUGAAAAUCAAAUCUUUGGUCUCGUACCAGUCUGAUUUGAAACUCAUCCAGUGACUCUUCGCUUACUGCUGACUUGUCUCUCAGCCUGGCUCUCUGGUGUGGGGUGACCUUUCCUCUAUCUUUACUUUAGCCUGUCUCUGCCCCGUUCCAGGCUUGCAGAGUUUGACUGUGAACACUACAGAUCAGACCAGCUCCUCGGGGUAACAUGGAUCGGUAAUUCUGUGCAUUGGGUGUUUGGUAAAUGUUGUGUCCUCCUGGAGGAUUCAGAGAUCUGGCCAUUUGUUUGUUGAAAAAACGAAGGAAAAGAUGCCCAUCUCCCUCUUUUCUUACUGAAAUUCUUAUGGGGGAGCUGUGUGCUGACUUGAGAUCCUGUAAGAGACUUUAGGCUUUGUUUUUUGUGGUGAAAUCCGGACUGAGACUGACAUACCACUGCUUGCAGCAAGGAGAACCGUGCUCCACCAGCACCCUAUCCUUGCUUCUGUUGUGAAGAGCUAUUGUGCCCUGUGUUUGGAGCUGAGCUGGACCAGCCCAUGUACUUGCAGUCCUCCAUCAAACCCUGUUAGCUCCAGCUCUUCAGCAGAGGAGUACCUCCGAGUCUCCAUGUACCCUGUUGGGAAGGAUAUUGGAGCUUCCACCUCUUCCCAUCCUACAGCGUGUCCUCCUGGCAUGACACACUGCUCUGUCAAAUGGCUGUAUUUCCAGUCGUUGCACUUGCUCUGUUACUUCAGCUGCUGUUUGGUACCUUGAGGAGUCUCAGAAAUGCCAUUCCAUGCUCUGGAGUGCCAUGACUCUGAAAGGCUGUGGCACAGAGACUGGGAAUCAGUGCCAGUGAGCAGGCGAGGCAGGAGUUAGUGUGUGUGCACUACCAGAGCAAGAGGCUAGAAAGACAAGGAAUCACCACUGGGCAGAGGAGGUGUGUAAAUAAUCUCCAGAACUCACUGCCACAAGCCUUUGAAACUAAUGACUUAGCAGGGUUACAGAUAAGGCAGUGAAGUGUUAUUGCAGGCAAUAAGGGCAAUUCACAGUUAUAUGGGAGCGGAUGCAAUUGCAGAGGUAUAAACCCUCCAGCGGGGAGUAUUGGGCUGCAGAGGGUGGGGAGACUUCUGCAGCUAGACCUCAGCUCGCAGUUGGUUUCCUGGAAGAGUCCUUGUCCUUCCCUGGUGACAGAACAGACCCUGUGCAAGCCACAUGGCCACUGCUGGUGUGCAGAAAGGGAGAAGGACCCUUUUCCUAAAAGCUCGCUCCAGAGGAACCACAGUGACUUCCUUUCACCUCCCAAACCAAGUCAUCUGCCUGUGAGCAUGACAGCAUGCCAAAGGACUCCUGCUGUGCACCUCGCUGCUGGAGGGAGGAGUUUGGGUAUGACCAGGGUGCCAGAGUUCUUCUGGUUUACUUCUCCUGAUUCAUGUACCAGCUUUCCAUCCAAGGGCUAUGGGGUUGGAGGUUAGCCCUGGCUCAGGAGUGCCACAAUUUCUGGGAUGCUCCUUUAUACAUGCACCCUUUGCUUUGUCUGUACUGACUUCAGCAAUCAUGUAGCCAUGGGGUGAGUGUUCCUGAUCUGCCUAAAAGCUAUCCCUGCGUGUCGCUGAACCCAGCACAAGCAGGCACAGUGUGGCACCAUUCCCCUGGAUCACCGUGGGUCAAUCACAAAACCACCACGUUAGUUACAUGCUCUGAGAGCUUUGAGGGAGAUGCAGCAGAGUGCAAACAGUUCUGCUUAUGCAUCACAGAAAUAUUUUGUCUCCUCGUGCUGAGGCUUACUCUGAUCUCGUUACACCCCACCGAAUUGUACCAGUGUGAAAUUGGCAGCAUUUGGAUGCCCAAGGACUGUGGUGGCCAUGGAGUGGUGUGCCAGACCUCGGUACAGGAAUCAAAGCAGUUUCCUCGGAGCCAAGAGAUCACCACCAACAGGCAGCAGUGAAGCUGCUCUCUGUAUGAGCACGUGUCCACACAGAACACUGGGUGUCCUCGACUGCACCCCAGGUCCCUCCUGUCUUGAGCACCCAGGGGACCUUUCUAGUCUCAGCUAGAAAUGUAUGGAAGACGACAGAUAAUACACAUUUCAUGUGUGAAGCUGAAACAACCAGUGCAUAUAUUUUUUUAUCAUGAAAUAAGAUUUCUCGCAGACACACAAACUGUCAAUACCUUUAAUUACCCAUCAUGCUUAAUAUAUGUUCCUACCCAUCAGGCUCCUUUCUCCCUUCCUUUCAGUAACACUAAGGAUUAUUGCUGUUCAGCUUUCUGCUGGUGUAUAUUGUUUUACAUUGUUGAAAUGUCAGGUUUGUCUCACUGGCAUAAUUUUGUGGUAUUAAUGUUCCCGUUUGGCUACACAACUGUAUAUUCCCUGUGCUGCUGCGAGAGUCACAAUCUCAUCCUUUUGUUUCUUUUAAUUUUAUUACAUGAAACACAUGGAUAAAAAUAUCAACUUUUGGUUGAUUUGAUUUCUUACUUAACAGACAGCAAAGUUCUGGUUUAAAUAGUUUAAAUGAGCGAACUUCUAAUCUAGAAUUCGAGGGUUUUUUACGUUACUGGCUAACUGUCCUGAGAUCAGCCCAUGAACUCUGCUGUGUGAGAAAACAACCAUUUUAAUAGAGCACUAUAUAUGGUUUUGAUCUCCUUAGAAAUAGAUGUUUUGAAGGGAUCAUUGUGUCUUUUCUAAUCAAUACUUUUGUUGGAGAAGAGGUGUUUAGUCCAGCAGAAAUCUGCCAUCUAGUUCUGUUACUGUAUUCCCUUGCUUGUAUUUUAAAAUCAAAUUUCAUUUCAUUUUCUACCCAGUGCAUAAGGAUGUGUAACCAGAACUUGAUCUCGUUUGAAGAUUGUGUCUGUGUUUGGUUCCAUGCUGUACUUAGUUAUAACUUUCUUUCUUCAGAGACUGUUCUUACUCCAAAAUACUCUUUAGUGUUAAAGUGUAAGAAGACAUUGUCCUUAUAUUCCUUAACUAAUGGGUU